AUGGGUUUGAACACCAGCUCAGUAAGUGAUCACAAUCCUCGGGAGGGCUACAGAAACGUUCGGAGGCCUCGGAGGCGGAGCAAGAAGCGGGGCUUCCUGGAGCACCCGCGGUGCGGGCCGGACUUCCGGGAGCCCGCCCCGGCCACUCUGGGGGCCUUGCCCAGCCUGAACCCGCAGCCCGGCCUAGGCUCGCCCCAGCCCCGGCCUCCAUUCGACCCUGGGCCCGCCGGGCCGUGGCUCCGCGCCUCGACUCCGCCUCGCCUCGGCCCCCGGCCCGGCCUCACCUCGGCUCUCACCUCGCCCCUCGCCCGGCCUGGCCUCACCUCGGCCCCUGUCUCGGCCCUCACCUCCCCGGCUCAACCUCGCGCCGGGCCUCCACUCGGCCCCCGCCCCCGCCUCGGCCCCAGCCCAGCCUCACCCUCGGCGGCCGCGGCGCAGAUGCUGCUCGGAGGCAGGCGUUGGUUUCGCUCCCGCAAGAUGGCGGCUCUGACGGCGGCCACGUCAGUGCCUGCUGCCGCGGGGGACGCUGGGGAACGGGGCAGUCCCCCCCGCAGUCCCACCCACUCGCCCUUUGCGGUGCGCAGGCGCAGACUCCGUGCGGGAGGUAGGGACAGGACCUUGGGUAGGCGCGCGGCCCGGGGAGGGCGCCUCGCUCCCCGCUGCGCCUGCGCGCGCCCCCCGCGCCCCCGGCGCGCCUAG